AUGGACAUGACUCGAGAAAUUAAAAAAGAACUCAAAAUGACGCUUACCAAAAUGGAAGUGGACUCCGUAAAAGGAGAGGGCUUCCGACCGUACUACAUUACGAAGAUCGAAGAACUGCAACUCGUAGUUGCCGAGAAGUCACAGAAUCUUCGACGUCUUCAGGCUCAACGGAAUGAACUUAACGCUAAAGUUCGUAUGCUGCGAGAAGAGCUGCAGCUGUUGCAGGAGCAAGGAUCUUACGUCGGCGAGGUCGUCAAACCAAUGGACAAGAAGAAGGUUCUGGUUAAAGUACACCCAGAAGGUAAAUUCGUUGUAGACCUGGACAAAAAUGUCGACAUCAACGACGUGACCGCUAAUUGUCGUGUCGCUUUACGAAACGAGAGCUAUACGCUACACAAGAUUCUACCAAACAAAGUUGAUCCAUUGGUAUCGCUUAUGAUGGUGGAGAAAGUCCCUGAUUCCACGUACGAGAUGGUUGGAGGUUUAGACAAACAAAUCAAGGAGAUUAAAGAGGUAAUUGAACUACCAGUUAAGCAUCCCGAGUUGUUUGAUGCACUCGGUAUUGCUCAGCCAAAAGGCGUCCUUCUUUAUGGUCCACCAGGAACUGGUAAGACACUCUUAGCUCGUGCUGUCGCCCACCACACUGAAUGCACCUUCAUUCGUGUCUCAGGUUCAGAGCUUGUGCAGAAAUUCAUUGGAGAAGGUAGUCGUAUGGUGCGAGAACUUUUUGUGAUGGCUCGAGAGCAUGCACCGUCUAUAAUUUUCAUGGAUGAAAUUGAUUCAAUUGGAUCAUCUCGAAUUGAAUCUGGCAGCGGAGGAGAUUCUGAAGUUCAGAGAACUAUGUUGGAACUGCUAAAUCAAUUAGACGGAUUUGAGGCUACCAAAAACAUCAAAGUUAUCAUGGCCACCAACCGUAUCGAUAUUCUGGAUCCUGCUCUAUUAAGACCUGGUCGUAUCGACAGGAAGAUUGAGUUCCCACCUCCAAAUGAGGAAGCUAGGUUGGACAUCCUUAAAAUCCAUUCACGGAAAAUGAAUUUGACCAGAGGUAUCAAUCUCCGUAAGAUCGCCGAGUUAAUGCCUGGUGCAUCGGGUGCCGAGGUCAAAGGUGUAUGCACUGAGGCCGGCAUGUAUGCUUUACGUGAACGGAGAGUCCACGUUACUCAGGAGGACUUUGAAAUGGCUGUCGCAAAGGUCAUGCAGAAGGACUCGGAAAAGAAUAUGUCUAUCAAGAAAUUGUGGAAGUAG